AUGUUCAAGCACGCUAUAAUCAAACGAGGUUUAGCUUCUGCAGCUGUUAAUCCGUUGAUUAUAAAAAACAAUCGUAUACAAGCUUCUGUAAUUUUAUCGCGUGCACCUCAAAUUACCCGUGAUGCCACACCAUUUGAAAAAGCUUAUUUUGAUUAUCGUGAAAAGUUGGAGCGUCAAGAGACCAUGACAACACCUACAGAUUUUUACUUCAAAAAGGGUUCAGUAGCAGAACGCCGUUGGAAGCAUGAAGAACAGGCUCGUCAACAAGCCAUGAAAGAUCCUUCAACUUCAUUAAGUGAUGCGGUUCAGGCCAGUCAGACUACUUGGGAACAAGAGAAUGAAGGCUUAAUCGCAGCAACAAAGGUUGAAAAAUUAGAUAGAACAACAGAAGCUGAUAAAAAAAACGACAGCAAGAGCCUCGAUCGCGCCUUGAAGCAGACACUGUAUCUUGUUGUAAAGCAAUCAGGAGAAGGUGCCUGGCAGUUCCCUCAGGGACCAAUUGAUAGCACAGAAUAUUUACAUGAAGCUGCAGAACGUACGUUAAAGGAGCAAUGUGGUGUGGAUAUGGAUACUUGGUUUGUUGGCCGUCAGCCAAUCGCAUUUUAUAAAGAAACUUCAUCUAAAGAACAAUCCGGUUUAAAGGUCUUUUUCAUGAAAGCUCGAGUAUAUGCUGGUCAAGUCAAGCCUAGUAAAAGCGUCUCAGAUUUUGCUUGGUUAACAAAAGAUGAACUGGUUAACUAUCUCUCUCCUGAAUACUACAGUGCCAUCAAGGAUAGCUUGGGCGAUAUUUAA